AUGCGACACGUCCUCACCCCCACACUUGCCGCCUCCUUCGCUGGGCCAACCCGCCAGCAGCCCGCCAACCUUCGUGGACUGAUCCAUUCAGGCAAGAUCCUCAUUGGGCAGGUACUGUCGUACCCGAGCACGCAAGUGGCGCGGACGCUGGCUGCAACGGGCGCCGACUGGAUCUGGAUUGACACAGAACAUGUUGGCUGGUCGCCUGCGACGCUGGUGGAGUGCAUCCAAAUCAUCAGCCACGAAAGCGCCGGCAGGAUGGUACCUAUUGUCCGAGUUCCGAGCAAGACCGCGUUUGACUACAUGGCAUGGAGUCUUGAUGCUGGCGCAGGCGGUGUGAUUCUCCCGCACAUCGAAACGACCGAGGAAAUUACCGCUGCUGUGAAUGCAUGUCGGUUUCCCCCUGAAGGCCACCGCUCAUUUCCACCCUUCACCUUCGCAUGUAUCUUUUCCGUCCUUCUCCUUUCGCUAAAUAGUGGUCAGAUCCCCGGAUUGACGGACGCGACUCCCCCUGGCGAAACCGUCUACACCAUCGCCAAUAAACACAUCGCCAUCAUCCCACAAGUUGAGUCGCCGGCCGGAAUCGCCAACAUGGACGCAAUUAUGGCCCUGCCUAGCGUUGACGCGGUCAUGAUCGGAGCUGGUGAUCUCCGGCUUGAACUGGGUCUCCCGGUUGGCUUCAUGGGGAACGAGGCUACAUUUGUCAACGCGAUGGGGCGGGCAUCACUCGCAGCCAAAGAACAUCCACACAAGGCACUGAUUGGGGCCGCACUGGGUGCGGAAAUGAUCGAGGAGAGGCUGAGAUUGGGAUUCCGGAUGUUGAUCACCACUAUCGACUUCCAUACGUUAGCGCUAAGAACAGUGGUUGAUUUAAGCGCAGCGAGAGAAACAGUAGAGGCAUCGCGUUAUUUGAAGUAG